AUGCUGCCUGCGGGAGCCACGCCGGCGACAGCGCCUGUGGAGAACGGGUCUGCUUCCAAGGGCUACACAGUACUGCACGGCCGCAGAUACGACUUCUACCAGGUCCACUGGCACACGCCGUCGGAGCACCUGGUGGACGGGCGGCACGCCGCGCUUGAGGCGCACUUUGUCCAUCGAGACGCGAGCGAGAGUGGCCUCGCCGUGAUCACCGUGCUCUACGACGAGGCAGCCGCGUGCGACCCUCUCCUCUCCGCCUUCUGGGACGACUUCCCGCCCUCGGACGGCGCUCGCCGCUACGCCGAGUCGGCCGCGUCCGUCGACUUUGGCGCGAUGCUCUCGGAGCUGCUGCUCCGCGGCGGCGGCGCCUACCAGUGGGAGGGCUCUCUCACCACCCCUCCCUGCACCGAGGGCGUCGAGUGGCGGCUGAUCAAGGCGCGCCGCCACGUCUGCGCCGCCCAGCUCGAGCGCCUGCGUGCCGCGCUCGGCGCCGCGAGCGGCGUCCGUGCAAACAACCGCAUGGUCCAGCCGCUAAACGGGCGCCUCUUGAGGGCGUCCGCCCUUUCGCCGCCCGCCGCGCCAUUCCCUUUGUGGGGCGCGGCGGCCGUCGGCGGCGUGCUCGCCCUGGCGCUGGCGGCGGCUCUGGCUUUUGCGGCUCGCCGGGGGCGCGGCGGCGCGCGGCGGUCGCGGGCGGGCCUGCUGCAAGCGCGUGGGCCAUCGACGGGGGAGAAGGAGCUCUCCUCGGCUCUCCCCUCUGCCGGCUCCCGGACUCCCGCGGUGCCGGGCGCGGCGUCGGCGGGAGGGCACGCGGACGACUCCGGCCUCAGGAACAGCUCCUCCUCGUCAGACUCGUUUGUCUCCGAGGACGCAGACAGCGCGGGCGAGUUGCUCGCACGAGAGAAGGUGUGA